GGGAAAUGUUUCUCACAUAUUUGUUUUGCUCGUUCAGUCGCUCACUCUGCAAUUGGUCUACUUUCCUUAACGAAUCCGAAGAUUUCGAACCAGGCUGUCCUUCCGUUCUUUAGCGCUCUCUCUCUCUCUCUCUCUCUCUCUCUCUGCGCUUACAGGAAAUGGCGGAUGCUUACUGGAGAUACGGCGAAAGUAGGCAACAGGCCAAUCUUCCUCCUCUCAUCGGAAAACGCCCUCGCUCCGACUACGAUGUUCCUAGUGGUCAUGAGUUGCCUGGCUAUUUUACUCGUGAUGAUGAAAGAGCAGCACAUCGUGUAAUGAGAGAUACCGACUCUAUUGGGGCAUCCUAUGAUCGUUACUUACGUAGUGCGCAAAUUUCAUCAUAUGGUGGGGGAGAUUCUGCUAGACCAUUGAGUGGUGGAUUAAGUGGUCGACCUGCUGAUGAUGCACGCAUUAUUGGUAUUGGGGGCUCAGACCCAGCGGUGAUAGCAAAAAACCGUCCUUUGGGAUUGGGGGAUGGUAGGCCUGAACUUCCCCUUCCUCCUGAUGCCACCAAUACACUAUUUGUGGAGGGUUUGCCUGCAAACUGUACACGGAGGGAAGUUUCUCAUAUCUUUCGCCCUUUUGUAGGCUACAAAGAAGUGAGAUUAGUGACUAAGGAAUCAAGACAUUCUGGGGGUGAUCCACUGGUACUUUGUUUUGUUGAUUUUGUGAGUCCAGCCCAUGCUGCCACUGCUAUGGACGCGUUGCAAGGUUAUAAAUUUGACGAGCAUGACCGUGACUCGGUCAAUUUAAGGCUGCAGUUCGCUCGCUACCCUGGUGCGAGGUCAGGUGGCGGGCACCGUGGCAAGCGUUGAAUAAUGCGGUUUUACAGGGCCCACUCGAUCCUGGAGUUUUGUGAUUACAAGAUAUUAAUCAACAGCCUUGCGAUUUUGAUAAUUUGCAUCUCUCGGAAUUGGCGCUUUUGUUAGGACAAGCUUGAAAACAGCCUUACGGUUUUGAGAAUUUGCAUCUCUCUGAAUUGGCACUUUCAUUAGAACAAGCUUGAACCGAGUGGGAUUUUAAUAAUUAGUGUCGGUUGUUCGAGUAAUGAAGUGUGCUAGUUUUUUUAAAUUUCUGUCGGCUACAAUUUCAGUAGACUUCGGUACUGUUAUAUUUUAUAUUUAGAUUGACAUACAAAAGAUUGCUUCUGCUUUUGUUUGCCUUCGGAUUAGGAUUUCAUGUUUGGAGAUAUUUAAUUAGUAAUGAACCAAUAGCGACUGCAAGAUGGGAUCCUUAGUAUUCUACUUA